AUCAGCGAUAACAUAAGCGAUAUUGAGUAAUAUAAUUAAACUAGUACUUAAUGUGAACACACGUCUGCGGCACAAAAGGAGCAGCCCAACAACAAAUACCCACACAAUCAGGAUGUAUACAACACAUUCGCUGCUAAUGAUGCUGCUGCUGCUGUUGCUGCUGCUUUUGUUGCUUGCCUCUGCGAGGGGUGACCAGCAAAUGGUGGGCAGCAGGGAAAAAUUGCUGUCCACCCUGCAGGAGGACUUCAUCGGCUUGGAGGAGUCACAAGCGCUGCCAGAGCCACAUACACGGGAACAAGUUGAAUUGUUGCGCCACUUGAAUUUCGUGCCACCCACCAUCGACUUUGGCAAAUGGUCGGUGGGUCAAACGGUAACGCAAAUUGUGACGCUCUUCAAUCACCACACAAAUCGCACCGUUCACCUAAAUUCAGUGGCCGGACCCGAGCCGGUCUUCUACAGCAGUUUCUUUGGCACACGCGAAGUGCCGCCGCAAGGCAACACCACAUUCAGUGUUGUCUUCUUGCCCCGUCAGCUUGGUGCCAUAUCAACGGGUCUGCUCAUCCAAACGUCAUUCGGUCGCGCCGAGUUCGAGGUGCGUGGCGAGGGCAGCGAGUGUCCCUAUCGCUUGAAGCCCCUCGUGGGCAUCAAAGCGCCCAUGAAUGCAACUCUUACGCCCGAGAUUCACAUGUAUAAUCCGCACGAGCGGCCGCUGCAGAUACUCGAGGUUUACAGCAGCGGCGGAGAGUUUCAGCUGGAGCUGCCCAGCGGUGGCUCGGAAGGACCACAGAAUCUGUGGGAGAUACCGCCGCAUUCUCUCAAGCCCGUCAUACGGAUCUCGUUCCAUGGUCGCACCGCCGGCAAUCACAGCGCCUACAUACGCAUCAAAAUAGCCGAGCAUGCCGCAGACGAUGAUCAUCUGCUGGAGAAUGUGCUAGUCAUACCUGUCGAAUUCGAAAUACUCCCGCGCCACGGCGCCUAUGCUCGCAAUCCGCUGGCCGACUUUGGUCGCCUCGCGACGGAUCAGCAUGCGGACGCGUUGCGCUUCAAAUUGGACAUGCAAAACAUGCAGCCAGUGAGCAAACUCAUUGGUAACUAUUUACGGCACAUACCCGGCUUGAGUUAUGAUGCGCACAAUGCCAGCAUUGUCCUGGAUCCGAAGUUGUUCGAGGAGAAUGCGAGCAUCAAUGAUUUGCUAGUGAUUGGCGGCGACAAUCAACAGCAGCCACAAUUCACCGUGCUCGUCCGUGCCGAGAUCUUCAAGGGUGGCCUAGGCUUCGAUCGGAAUUGCACACUGUUCAUUACGAGUGGCGGCGGCGUGGAGGAAUCCCCGCUGGAAACGCAGCGUACACUGUUGGUGCGAAAUAAUUUCGGGUUUCCGCUGCUGCUGCACAAUCUGAGCGUGGAGGCGCCCAUUGAUCCUGCCGUGUUGCAGCUGUCAUCGCUGGAACAGGAGAUACUGCUGCAGCCGGGUGAAUCUGUGGAUCUGUUGCAGCUGCACUUGCUCAACGAGCAGGCUACUUUCAAGUCGAUGCUGCUCAUCGCGAGCAAUGUAACCACAUUUGAGCUGCCACUGAUUGCGUGCAGCGGCCGGUUACAUGUCUCCACACAGCCAUAUCAAUUGCAGUUGGCAACGGCGACGGCGACAGAUGCUGCUUACGGGCUGGAACUGGAUUUGGGCACGGUGCCGUUUGCGGAGAUGUCACGCGAUGGCUAUGUCAUAUUGCGCAACGACAAUCCCAUGCCCAUCAAGAUAACCAACUGGAACUUUAAACCGCCCAAGGAUGUCUACUUUCAGGCCGCCUUCAUGGGCUGUGUGCCCCGGGAUGGGCACGAUGUAAAUGCGGCUGUGGUUGGAGAUGCCCCCCGUGUGUCCAAUACAACACUUGGCGAGCUUAAGGCGGAUAAUAAUGGCACACAAUUUGAGUUUUGUGUGCAGUUGCGCGAGGGCGACAGAGCCGUCUUCAUCCUCUCCAUACAGACGCAUGUCGCCGAGGAGAGCAGCGGCACUUUGAAGGUGUGGACACCAUUCGAGCUGAUACGGAGCACGGUGCGCUUUAAGGCGUCGGUGGGUCAGCUGGAUAUUGAGCAAGAGCAGCUGCAGUUCAAGUCAUGUUUUCCCGGCAAAAUCUGUUCGGCGGUGCUGAGCAUACGUUCCACCUAUGUGAAUCCGGUGCACGUCAAGUCGGUGGCCUUUACACGGCGGGGUCUGCGCUUCAAGGAUUUCAAUGCCAAGGGCACGACGAUUGGUGGUCAAACUCUGACCAAAGUGGGUCGCAUUUACUUUGAGCCGGCAGCGCUGUGCGGCACCACUUGCUACAUACGCAGCAGUCUCGAGGACCACGCCAUCUUUCCCAGCCUGGCGGCGGGCGUGGGGCAGACGAAUAACAAUCUGCUCUACGAUGGCGUCGAGGUGCGUCAACGUACAGAACUCUAUCGGCAGUUUAAGCGCCAGCUGCACUCCAUGUCGCUGACGCUGCACACCGAGGAGCUGCCCCCAUUGGAGCUGGACUUUAGCAUUGCCAUAGAAUGGCCCAAGUUGGUGCAGCAUCAGCCGUUGCCGCCAGCGCCAACGAUAGCGGUGGGUCAGGUGCAGCGCCAAUGGAUAACGAUGAGUAAUCCGACGAUGCAGCCAUUGCUACUCGACUACUUCCUCUCGGAUCCGGCGUAUGCAAGACGCACACAACUCUCGCUGCCGCACGAGGUGAUCGAUGUGAGCAGUAGCAGUUGCUAUCUAACGGAUCGGGCUGUUUUCUCGCUCCCAGAUGCACCGUUCCACGGGCCAGUGCUGUUGCCGCCCGGCUCCACACUGACUAUACCCGUGCAGUUUAGCGCCGAGCAGGCAGACAAAUAUUGCACUCUGCUCCAUGUGCGCAGCAAUCUGACGCUGUACGAGGCCGUCUGGAUAACCGCACGGGCCGUUGAUUCCCAGUUUCGUUUCGGGAAUCGACGUCCUGGCUCCACGACGCCGCUGCUCUUCGAAUUCAAUGCGGAGCAAUUUGAGCGUUGCGAUGGCAGCAACUCCAAGUUGGAACAGCCGAAUCACAUUGUGAUGGCGACGCGCAGUUUUACGGCGAGGAAUGCGGGUGCAUUGCCCAUGUUCAUCCAGGGCUUCCUCAUUGGGCAGCGGUUUUGCGAGGGCUACGGCUUCAGGGUCAUCGAUUGCCAGUCCUUCUGGCUACACGAGAACGAGACGCGCAAAAUUGAGAUCAGUUUCAGCACGGAUUUUACGGCGGCACGUGUCCAGCGCACCUUGACGCUCGUCACGAAUCUCAGCUACGACAUCAACUAUCAGUUGUUGGCCCAGCUGCCGGCGGAGAGUAUGGAGCGUUGCGCCACCAGCCUGCCGCGUCCGGAGUGGGAACCAGCAUUGCGUAAUGCGGCACUCGUCAUCCUCCUGGUAAGCUUCUGUUUGGUGCUCCUUGCUGCGGUUUUCGAUGCACGUGCGAUUAUGGCACAGCAGAGUGCUUAUGAUGCGGCCCGCUUCAAGGGUCCCAUUCAGCCCACAUUCAAUCUGCGCAACAUUGUCAAGUUGCAGGUGGCAGAAGAGGCAGCAGCAGCAGCUGCUGCUGCGGCAGCUUCUCUCAAGGCGGAGCAACAACAACAGCAGCAGCAGCAGAAGUUGCGCAAUGGUCAGUUGAAGGAUCUGCGCAAGCGUACAACUGCCGACAAGUUGACAACUGCCACUCAGCGGAAACCCAAAUCCUGGUCUGUGUGGAGCAUGGACAUGACUGCAGCAGCAAGUGCAACAGUUGCUCCUGCAACCGCUCCUGCUCCCGUCAAGCCUCUCAGUUCGCCCAAGCCCAGCAAGAAGGUGCCAACACUACCCCCAACACCACCCGCUGCUCCCGCUCCCGCUGCAGCUGCUCCACGUGCAUCCAGGAAACCCAAACAAGCGACGCCCAUCGUUGCCACGUCCGCGCCAAUGCCCACGCCCAUUGCAACGCCCAAGCCGACGCCCAAAGCCGAAUCAGAGCCGGAGAAGCGCAUCAGUCCCAAUGCGAAACCAAAUUCCAGUCCGUCACUGCAGGAGAAUGUCUCGCCGCGCACACUCAAGCUGAACCCGGACACGCCCAAGGAGCGUGUGCUCAAGGAGCAAAAUGGUAGCGCCAAGAAACUGGGCAAAACACCUGGACGCGAACGACGCAAGGAACAAAAGCUGAUCACUCUCAAUGGCGCCGGCAAUGGCAACGGCAAGAAAUCCGGGGAACGGGCCAAGCAACGCAGCAAGCAACUCAAUUUCAAUGGUAAUGCGAUUAUAGCUGGCGGUGGCGGUGUCUUAACGCUGACCACGCCGGAUGUGGAUGCCUCAGAGACAAUGAUCACGUCACCAUGGGAGACCAGUAGUCGCGUCUCUUUCCGGGAUGUGCUGCAAACGAGAGCGUUACCAGCGUUGGACAAUGGCCUUAACUGGAAUCCGGCUGCCAGCGACUUAGCCAGCAGUCAAUUGGGCCCAAUUGGCAGUCGCAAGAGUCCCACUGUGACAUCUCUCUGGGAUCCGCCGAUGAUAUCCGAUUCAGCCGUCGACGAUCAUUCGCCAAUGAGUUCUGUUUUUGAUGUUGUGGAGCCACCGCCGUUGGACAUGGACUUGCCGACCCUAAAUGAUCUAUCGCGACAACAGACGCAGGCGCAGUGGGAACGCAGUGAGCUGAUAUUGUGGCAGCAGUUGCUGCUGGAUCAAUUGGAACAGCAGCGUAAGCAGCAGGAGAAAUUGCUACUGCUCUCUAGCAGCAUUGAGAGCAACAAUUGGGCACUGAAUCUUGCUGCUGGUGGAACAGGUGCGACUUGGACGCCACUGGGCUAUGCCGCUUGGCCGCAGCAUGGGGCAGCAACACCACGUACAUCACCGGCGCAUACCAUAACGCCUGGUGUGGGCGUAAUACGUCCACCACCUGGCCUGGAAUCCAAUUACAAUAACAAACACAACAACAACAAUUGCCAGUUAACAGCAGCAGUUGCAGGAGUAGGAGUAGCAACAUCCUCAGGAGGAGCUACAGCAACAGCGCCGCUUAACAGCAACAACAACAACAACAGCAAUGUUAAUAACAGCAACAAUAACCAUAUCGAUGGAUUGGCCGCAUUGCAGGACGCACAAGAGCGGGUGGCAUCGAAUGCGAUGCCCACCCAUGCCCAAUAUGAUCCAUUUACGUCGCCAAGCUCAAUCUGGUCGGACAAUUGGCGGCAGCGCAACAAUCAUAUGAACUGAAACGUUUAUCCAAAGCUCACUGAUCAAAUUUAAGCAACCAAAUGAAAUUCUUACUCUAUAUAAGACACUUAGGCUAUGCUAAGAGAAAAAUGAUGAGAUCUUUUCCAAUUUGACUUUUUGACUAAAUAAACUGCAAAGAUAAAUGA